AUGCGCCGUUGUAGCAUGUCAUCGAUAGAAGAAGAAGAUGAAAUGGGAAUAGAAGAAAUGAAUGAUUGGGAUAGUGAAAUAUCAGAAUCUGAAAUUGAAUUUGAAGAUGAUAAUGAAGAAGAUCCGGUUGACCGAGCGGCAAAUAAUGCAUUAAAAAAUUUUAUUGCCAAUUGUACGAAAGUAAGUACAUAUUUUGUUUCUUAGACUAGUUGUUCGUUGAUAGGGAUGACCUUGAUAAAAAUUUUAUGAACGAACUAUCACUAUUUAAUAGUAUAAUUUUUAAUUCGAAGACAUGAUUUAUUUGUAAACAGCUGGAAAAGGUCGAAUUAUUCUUAGCUGUUUGAUAACUGCUCAGUUCAAUUGGUAUAUAUAUGUGUGUGUGUGUAUUGUAUAAGUGCUAUUAUUAUGCAGUGACCUUUUUUCAUUUUGGAUUUAUUUACUUGGUAGUGGUGAUAUUUAUUGCGUAUUCUCGUUCAUUCAAAGAACUCUUAACUGUCAUUCUCAAAAUAUUUGUUUGACUAAUGAGUUGAUCUGUCGAUGACGACUAAUCAUUUUCUUCUUCUUCUUCUUCUAUUUGUUUUUAUUCCCAAGGUUUUGAUGAAAGAAGUUGUUCAACGAUCUAACAGAUGGGUGAGUAUAGGGCAAUAUUUGCGUGGCGUAUAUUUUUAUCAUUCAACGAACUGUUGUUGUUGUUGUUGAGGAUAAUCAAAUAAUGAUAAUAUGACUUUCUUUCUUUGCUUAAAACAAAAAACGACAAUCAAAUAGAAAAAUCAUUCACGUACAAUGAAAUAUAUAAUUUUAUUUGUUAUGUAAUUGCCAAUAGCGACGUUAAGAUCAAAUAAUAAAUGAGUAUAUACCUGAUUUUGAACAAACACACAUUUCAUCGAUCACUGAUCAUCCAUAUAUUUUAAUACAAAUGUCAUAAGUGUAUCUGGCUGUGGGAAUUAGACAACAGAAAAAAAAUAUCUAAGGGAAAAUGAUUUAUUUAAUAAAUGAUUUAACAGAUAGCUCAAAUACUUUGUCCGUUUAAAUUACGAAAGUGUGUUUAAACACUUACACAUUGUUCAAGUGCAACGCAAGGAAGACACUCACAACAAAUUGUCCUUAUUUGAGAUCAAGAAUCAAGAAUGCAAUUCACUUUUUUUUCUCUGCAUUCUUGCACCGUUUGCUUGUUAGUUUAAGUUGUUAAAAGCCAAUGACAGGUCGCUAGUACUUCGCUAUAGCAAAUUAGAGAAAUUUUGAGAAUGCCGAAAAUAAGUGAGUAGAGAUUAAUAUUUUGAAUUAAUAUUUGUCAGAGGUGAAUGCUCUAAAUUCAACGUAAAAAGUCAACAAAUUGCGUUGAUUGUAACCGUAGUGGAGAAUUAUCUGAGAAAGCUUGUCAGUGUCUUGGUGAAAUUCCAUUUACGAGAGACAAUCGUGGCUUUGUUAUGCUCAGUCGCAUAGUUAAUGAAAACUACUGUUGUUGUGAAAAACGUUUCAACGUUUGUGGUGGUAGUGAUUCAUACAGUAAGGUCAGCUUGUAAUAACCGCGACCAAGAAUUGAAGUAAAUAACCGGAUGGCUAAAUGCUGACUAAAAAUUAUGAAGAUCGGAAUUUUUACGAAUUUCCAGUUAGAAUCGUGUUUUUGCUGAUCUGGAUGAUUCUCGACGUUGUCUCUCAUAAUAUUCAUCAAAAGAUUAAUCAACUUAUAAGACAGAGAGAAAAGAUUGAUCAAUAAGAUCAGAUAUCCCGCGAUCGGGAGAAUAACUCUCACAGUUUUUAAGGUUCCCUCCAAAAAUGCAUUAGUGUGGACAAAGUGUCUAAAGACGAAUUGACGAAUCGCAAUUUUUGGGCGUAAAAAUGAUGCAACAAUUCGCAUUUUACCAUUGUUUUGCGAAUUCGUAGCGAAUUCGUAAUUCAAUGCGAACUGAUGCGAACUAACAAAAAUGAUCAAAACCGAACCAAAAAAUUGCGUCUUUUCUUCCUUUUGCCAAUUCGUAAAUUAGGACGAAUUCGUAAGAAAGAAAUUUCCGGUACCUACGAAUUCGUAAAUCGAAUUGGUCGACCAUCGACGAAUUCGUGAAAUGAUCAUUUUGGUCCCCAAGAAUUCGUGUACGAAUUCGUAAAUUGGCAAAAAUACGAUAAAAUGCGAA